UUUAUUGCCAAGCGCUAUCUGUUACUGCCUGCGAGUUGGCCGUAUCCACUGCGUCGGAGCUCUGUUUUACUUUCCGGAUAUCAGGUGACUAGAUAGCGGAAGCAGCUUUUUCGGGAGCACUGCGUGGGUGUGAUGCCACCUCCUGGUCUUUCUGGAAGCCUACUGCAGGUGGUGUGGCUGGAGGGCGGGUCGGAAUCGAAAAGAGCAGGCGCACUGGUUCUGUCUGAGGCGUUCUGCUGGGUGACUAGCGUCCGACGGCGGGGUUUGCUGCUAGCAAACAAAGGUGCAAUAAUAAGGCAGGUUUUGUUGCGAGUGCGUGGGCUACUGUGCAGUAGAGCGCGUGGCGUCUGAUGAUAAGAGUACAAAGCUUCGGGAUAAAAAAGCAGGGCGGAAAGGUAUGCCGGGUAGAAAAGCUAGAAAG